GGUCGCGUCUACCCCGGGCCCUCAUCUCUUCAGGUAUCAUACUAUCAUAGCUCCUGUCUUCGCCUGUAUUAUACUCAGCUUCCUCGCCAUACCUUCGUCUGUUCCCUCUCACAAAACUCCAACCCCUCCAACAUGUGGUUUAUAGAGUGCGAAGGUGAAGUUCUGGGCGGCAGGCGUCUCUGGCUCAGACCAAACCAGAGGUUCGCUAUCGGACGAACGCCCUCUCAGGACGUUAACCUGUCGCUUCCUUCGCAAAAGUCUAUCUCGCGAAUACAUCUCCUGAUUGAAGUGGGAGACGUAAAAGAGGGUGACGGGGUAGGUGACUCCACGGCAGCAACAUCAACGGGUACCGGAAGUUUGGCCUAAUAAUUUUUUUCACUUUUGUAGCUGAAGUUAAACGUUCGCCCGAGCCUUAAGGUUCAGGACCACAGGACGAAGCAUGGGACAAGGAUUGAUGGGCAGGAGAUUCGUGAUCAGACGGUAGCCCUCGACGAAGAAUCAUACCAUAUCCACCUGGGAAAAUAUGAACCAGCCUUCAGGUCGGAUACCCUCCACCCCCAUUUGCCUCCAUCCGGACUAACGCCGAGUUCUUGCAGGCUAUAUUGGGACCCGAUUGUCUUUUCCGUGUCUCUCUCUUCAAAGGAUAGAAAGGAUAAAAGGAGUAUGAUUCCAUACCAAAAUAAAGUUGAGCCCCUUGGCAUCAAGACCUUAGCUACUUUCGUCCCUUCUACGACACACGUUGUCGCAUCAAAGCGCAAUACGGCUAUAGGCCUGCAGGCUCUUAUCAAUGGCAAAGUCAUUGUGACAAGCUCCUAUCUCGAUGCAGUUGCUCAUGCUGCUACCAUACCUGGGGACGGGAGACAGUCGGCCCUGGAGCUGGAUUUCGACGGGAACUGGCCCAGCCCCGAGGAGUUCCUACCCCCGAGUAACAAUGAGCCUGGAAACCGACCUCCAAGUCUCUAUAGGCCGGACAAAGCUAGAAGAAAUAUUUUUGAGGGCUAUACCUUUGUUUUCUGCGACAAUCUCCAGUACAGCAACUUUUUGGGGCCUGUCACCGAUGCACAUGGAAAACUGGAAAGAUAUGACGUGCGGCUGGGGGAGACUACACCAGAAGAGUUGGUGGAAUUUGUUAGAAAGCGAGGUCAUGGGACAAAUGUCGCAGUCGUGAGAUUUAUCGCAAAGAAAAACCCUGACUGGGAGAACCAUCUCUCAACCAAGGUCCAAGAAAUGUGCGUCAUCCGAAAGCACGGCGAUAAUACUAGCAAGAUCGUCCUCAUUGAUCUCAGUCGGGCUAAUGAUUGUGAUCCAAUAGAUUGGGGUAUCGGAUGGUUGAGCAAAAUGAAUUCCUCGAUAUUAUCCUAACUGGUGACACGAGUGGCCUCCGGAAACCGUUGGACGAUGAUUUUUCACCCACAGCUCGGCAGGUAACCACGGGUCAGAAUCUCCUCUCCGGGUGGAUGAAGGUUUAACUCUGACUCUUCAUUAGAAUCCCCUCAAGCGUCAAGAAAUGUACAAAAUGGGUCACCCGUACAACUCGAGAAGUCGAUCACCGAAGAGACCCCAGUACCGCUUUCCUCUGGUGAAACUUCUGGGACAUCCCGCCCUGCUUUACGUGGUCGCGGACGAGUAUGUAUUCAACCGGCUCAUCUAGAACCACUUCAACUUAUACUCUCCAUUUAGACAAGGACUCGGGUCAUACCCAAGCUGAUAGACCCGUUUUCGAUGGAUCCCUUUGAUCUUCCCCCACCAGCACCAGCUCAAGUGCAAUCGACUUUAACCCAAUUGACAUCGGGUCAGAGCUUUAGCACGUCUGCCCCUCGCGUCAUUGGAGCUUCAGUACAGGUAGGUUUUGUGACUAGUAUCACGGGAUUUGCUAACUUAUUCCCGCUCAACAGUCGGGGCCUUCAUUAUUGCCACGGCCAAACACCGGUCUCAAUAAUAUGCCAAUGGAAAUCGAUGAGCCUCCCCAUAAUGCAACUCCCGAAGCUCCGCCGGACCCGGGAUCCCGAAAGAGGCCUGUCGAGCCCGAAGACGAGCAAGGACAACCGCUGGAUGUUAUGGACCUUCUCCCUGGGGCCCAGGCGGUAAAGCGUCGGAAAUUGAUUGAGGAAGAAGAGCGUGCUGUCCGCGGGGAAUCACUCAGAGAAGCCCCUCCAGAACCACUUCCAAAGGCUGAACCAGUCAUCAAGACGCCCGACAAGGCAGCGCCCCUAAAAGGCAAAGGGAAAAAGGUACAGAAGGAUGAAGACCCUUUCAUUAUCAAAGCUCGAGAGAUCAGAGAAAAAGAAGAGGAGGCAGCUAGGGUGGCCAGGGCGGAGGAGCUAACAGCAAUGGAGGGGCUGGACGUCGAUCAGUUAAAGAAUUUAGCUAUCGUUGAGGUAAUGGAAGUCAAACCAAGGACUGACAAACCCUCGAGAGAUGGAUAUGGGGAUCAGGGAGCUAGGUGGGAAGGCAGAUGGAAUGGACGCAAGAAUUUUAAGAAAUUCGUGAGAUCUGGGCGGGGCGGGGGCAUGAGGGCCAUGCGAGGCAAUGUUAUGGUCAAUCUUGUUGAGCAUAGGGGAAGGGAUUAUGGGAUCGGUGAUGGUACUAUAAGAAGACCCUGGUCCCGCCGGCUGUUGACUAUAGCUAAUGAACAACAACAGGAUACUGGUUGGAGAACGAGGAAGAGAGCCCCCCAGCGAAAAAGACCCAGAAAACACCAGCACAGCAACUACAACAGGCUGACGACCGCCAAGGAGAGAGCAAUGAUUGCUUGCAAGCUCCUGGCCCCGGUGACCAUUCAGAAGCUCAAGCCCAAGUGUCGGCGCAGACCCACGGUCUAACGACGCGAACGAAGGGCCUAGCCAUCACAAGUCAAGGAACAAAAAGAGGGGCAAUCGCUCAAGGAUCGAGGGCAGGCGCCGGGAAGAAACAGAAGGCCCUGGUUCUAAGGGAUGAGAGUGGGAGUGGUGAGGACAGCGAUGAUGAGCUCAGGUUUAAAUUCAAGAAGCGGUGAAACGGCUGAAGUCCCAAUUCAAGUGAAGCCUAAUAGCCAGUUCCUUCAAUGUAUAUACUUGAUUAACACAUUUCCUAUGAAUUAUGCCAUCGCUAGAAACAAUACGCUCAAAAGUGAUAUUUGGGGGUUUUCCAUUCGGGUUGGUAUCUUACGAGACCAUCAUGGCUCCCGAAUGGUAUACCGAGCCAUAAUCUCAAGAUCCUUCCUACCCUUCUAAAAAUGCUAUGUUAGGGUUAUGAAAGAUAGGAUAAGAUGUGCUUUGAUCAGCUCUAUCUUACCGAAAUUAAAUAACGUAUGUGAGUCUACAGGAAGAAGUAAGCAUUGGUCCGUGAUGUGCCCCACGUCAAACUCGCAGCUAGAGCGGAAGUAUCGAAUCAGGGCACUCACUGGGUCCUGUACGUGUCUAUUUCUCUCAAACUCCUGGCGCACCCAGGAACGCGUCUCGGAUUUGGUAACCGGGUUCUCGACCA